CUCUCCCGUCAAUCCAGUUCCUCCACAACUUCGUUUCUCUAUCACUUCUCGAUUUCGUUUCUUGCGACUAUGUCGGACCGCCAGUGGGGUCAUGACGGUUACGAACAACAGACCUAUGAUGACUACGAUGGGAAUGGGUAUCACAACUCUCGCGGAGGCGGUUCUGACCGGGAUUGGCGCCAAAAUAGCUAUGAGCACCAACGUAGUGAAGGGGAUUGGAAAAGAAGAAAAACAGAUGGUGACGGACAUUAUUCAGUUUCCAACCAACAAAGUUAUGACGAACGAUAUGAGGAUCACACCCAUCGCGACCGUGACUCCUAUGGCCACCGCCGUCCCCGUAUGGUAGCAAGUGAACCCAGUGAACAUGUCAUCUUCCUUGGACUCGACCCAGACUUCACAGAAUCUGAUGUCUGAAUCACCCCUGAUUAUUGCAAUGUCUAUAAAUUGUUCUAACGGAUUUCUCGGUCACCAGCUCCAUGCAUACUUAACUGGAUCAGGCUUUGGGAUCGCCAAUGUCACUAUCAUCCGGGAUAGGGGAACAGGGAUGUCCAAAUCUUUCGGUUUUGCGCAAUUUCUGAGUCUAAACGAAGCCCAGCGUUUCUUGGAGCCAAACUUCCCUUAUAUCACUCUUCCACCACCUUCUCAUGUCUCAUCAACUCCUCUGAACGCGGACGAUUCACGCACCCGGCGCGUAAAAAUUGAUUAUUCACAGAGCGCAAAUCCUGAUGCGCCACCGAGGCGGAGUGGCCCCCGCCUUAUUGAAGGAGCGACUGAUGGAACCAGAGAUAUUGGAAGCGCCCAUGUCCCCGUUAUCCUUCUCCGAAACAUGGAUAUAGGCAGCACGUUAGAUACCAUUGCGGAGGCGUUACGUGGUUCCGAGGGUCCCGGACGGCAGUCUGCCAAGGGCAUGAGACGAAUCAUUCUCAUAAAAGAUCGUAUUUCCAAGAUCAGUCGGGGAGUUGCUUUUGUAGAGUUUGUUGAUGUUCAGUCUGCUUCCAUUGUCCUGGCGAAUACGAUGUCUCCAACGUUGUUUCCCAGCGGUUUUCGUAUUUCCGACAAACCGGUGGCCGCUUCCUUUGCACACCCUCAUUCCUUCACUAUGCUCCAGCCGGGCGGCUAUCGCGACGAAAACUGUGUGGAAGCCUCCCUUUCCAUGGGAGGACAGGAAGGCGGCAUCGCCAAGUAUUGGGAUGAUAAUGCCUGCGUCAGCGAGCUUACCUUCAAGGUGGAGGAGCCCACAAGUCAACAACCCAAAAGGCUCAAAGAGAAGAAAAAGGAGAAACCGAGGGAUCCCACAGCAUCAGAAGGCCUUGUCCCCGGAAUUCAGCUGGCACCUGCUCCAACAGCUCUCAAAGGCACCGGCGCUCCGAUCACUUUGAGCUUUAAGAGCAUGAAGGCUGGCGGUGGAGGUGACAAGCCCCCAGGAAUCGUUGCCAAAACGAGCGCAUUGGGUUUUUCGGAGGAUCCUACUGAAGAGGGUGAUCCUGGGGAUGCUAACGGCAAUAGUCAAUCAGCAAACCGAGCUAAUUCAUAUGCCAAAGUGGCUCCCAUGGCGAGCAGCGUAAAGGUGGCUAAGGAUAUAUCAAAGUGGAAUGCAUUUCAAGCCGCAGCAAAGAUUGAAGUUGCUCAGGAAACAGAUCCUUCGUCAUUGGCUCCACCACCGAACUCUUCUAACGAUGACCAAAGGGGAAAAUCGCCCGUGGUUGAUAACCUCGAAUAUGCCGAUUUGAAGAAACUCGCUUGCUUUCUCUGCAGUCGCCAAUUCAAGAGUCUCGAUCAGCUCAAGAGACACAACGCCGAAUCAGGCCUGCACAAGAAAAAUCUGGCCGACACUUCACUUGUCGAAUCUGCCAAGAAGAAAGCCGUAGCUAGCCGUCAGACUGAUGUACCCGGCGCGACCAAUGCGGACACCUCUACGCCAAAGUACCGUGACCGUGCGUUGGAGAGACGUGUUAUAUAUGGUCAACCAGAUGUACCGGUUUCUCCAACUGACUCGGGAGCAGCACCCAAUGGCAAGAGAAGACAGGCCGAAGGACCAUCACCACCUCCCAAAGCAUCGACGCCGCCACCAGCACUGAAUCCGGGGGAGGAUGAAAACAAUGUAGGUAAUAAGCUUCUCAAAAAGAUGGGAUGGUCUGCCGGGACUGGUCUGGGCCUCAGCGGCGAAGGAAGGGUGGAUCCUAUCAAAACUGCUCUGUAUUCUGCUGGAGCUGGAAUCGGUGCUAGUAAAGCUAGACCGAUAGAGCAGUCCAUGGACAUGGACUACGCAACUAUUGUCAAGGAAACGGCAAGGCAACGUUACGACAAUGCAUAGCGCUUUCUCUUUGGUCCUUGCUUGUGAUAUUUAUUAUCGCCUUUGUGCGCCUAAUGCAUAUGUCUCCUAAACCAUCUCCGACGGGCGGGAAUGCACCGAAAGAAAGCGCGUCCUGAGAAAUUCGUGUAUCUGUCCUGGGGGGUCUCGAAGUCUUCAGGUCAAUAUUAUACCCAGGAGUGUGGCAGGAGACGAUUGUGAACCAAUGAAUUUGAGACUUGCAU